UCUGUGUGCAAUAACGAUUAACGCAACAUUCCACAAUAACAAAUAAUCUCUCUCUCUCUCUUCGCGCCGUGACACCCAGCCGCCGGAGCCCACCCACUGACACCCAGUCCCGCCGUUCGCCGGUAGUCCCGCCGGCUCCGCGAGCCAACCUCCCAGCAGACCGUUCGAGAGAGGCGACUAGGCGAGAGCAGAGAGCCUGAGACUCCAGCUCUGAGCCUCGCCGCUCAACGCCGGUAGUCACGCCGCCGCAGCUCUGAACCUCGCCCCCUCGCCACCGGAUUCUCGUUUCGCCCCCGCGGGGAUUUGGUUUUUGGUUACCAACAAUGUCAAAGAAACGUUCGCGAAUCACGAAUCCGGAGCCGUUCUUGCCGUUGGGCUCCGACGCAUUCUCCACCGGCAAGAAGCGGAGCAAGCCGCCGAAGCACCACCAGCUAGAGGACAAGCUCGUCCCGUCGACCGUCAGUUCUAAGAUUCUCAAGGAAGCCCUUUUACAGCAGAAGGAGAUCCGGCGAGAAGAGGAAAACGACAACAAUGUCGCUGACCACAACCCUAGCACUAAAAUUGUGUUUCCUCAAAUUCACGGCCUCAAAGACAACGAAAACGAUGAUGACGACGUUGAUGAUUUUGAAGGGUUUUCCGAGACCCAGAGUCAAUUUGGCCAGUGGAAUUUCGAGGAUGAUAUUAAUGAGGAGGAAGAAAAGUUGCUGGAUGCCUUUCUAUCAAAAGAUGAUCGCCCUGAACGAACAUUGGCUGACAUCAUUGUGGAGAAGAUCAAGGAAAAAGAUGCCCAAGUUUCAUCUGGAGCACAACCAAUGCCGAAAUUGGACAACUCCAUCAUUGAGCUGUACAAGGGGGUUGGUAAACUGCUUAACAAGUACACCUCUGGCAAGAUGCCCAAAGCUUUCAAGCACGUACCUUCUCUGCAAUUCUGGGAAGAAGUUUUAUACCUGACAGAACCUGAUAAAUGGUCACCAAAUGCAAUGUAUCAAGCAACAAGAAUCUUUGCUUCUAAUAUGGGUGUUAAGAAGGUGGAACGGUUCUAUAAGUUUGUUUUGCUGCCACGCGUGAGAGAAGAUAUUCAGAAAAAUAAGAGGCUGCACUUUGCUUUAUACCAGUCGUUGAAGAAGGCUCUCUACAAACCAGCUGCUUUUAAUAAGGGAAUCUUAUUUCCCUUGUGCGAGUCAAAGACAUGCAGUUUAAGGGAAGCUGUCAUAGUUGGGAGCAUCAUUGAGAAGGUUUCUAUUCCUCCUCUUCACUCUAGUGUUGCAUUAUUGAAGCUUGCGGAGAUGGAAUACUAUGGUACAACAAGUUAUUUCAUCAAGUUGCUAAUUGAGAAGAAGUACGCAUUGCCAUAUCGUGUACUUGAUGCUUUGGUUGCACAUUUUAUGAAAUUCUAUGAUGAAUCCAGAGUAAUGCCUGUGAUAUGGCAUCAAUCACUUCUUGCAUUUGCACAGAGGUACAAAAAUGAAUUAACAAAGGAGGACAAAGAUGAUCUCAACACACUAGUUGAAAGGCAAAGACAUAAACUAGUUACACCUGAAAUACUGAGAGAACUAAAUAAUAGCCGUAACCGUGGGGAGAAGGAUAGUGAUCCUAUGUCAAUAUCAACCCACUUAUCCGUAGUCAACAAAACAAUUCAAGAAGACAGGUUUGAUAUUCCAGAUGUACCAAUGGAGGAGGAUUAGAUUUGCUGCAGCUAUUCUUUCUUUUAGUAAAGGUGGUUGAAUUUUUUUGGGAACUAACUUCAUUAAAUACCCAUUCCUUAUUGGGGUCAAGUUCAAGUGGUGGUGGAAGAAAAUAGUGAUUAUAGCAGAAGCUCCACCUUAUCAAGCGACGAGCUUCAAGAUUUUGGCAUCGGUAUAUGUUGGUCGAUUGCAGUUUUCGUUUUUGAUUGGUGCAUAAGUAUUCCAUUCGAUUGAAGAUCAGAGAUUCAAAUGUUAAGCUAGUUAAAAUCUGAAAUACAGUAUGUAAUUCUAUGGACUCUUGAGAAAUUACAGUGGCAAGACUGAUAUUGUUGUUUAAACCAUAGCAGUAAGACUUCUGAUGUUGCCAGUUUGUAGUGUUUAUUUGUUUUAAUGCCUUCUUGGAAGAUGAAUUUUGCUCU